CCUUUAUGUCAUCUGGCAAUUCAACACCACUUGCCGCGUUCUUUAUCGUAGCUAUUCUUCGACGCCGUCGGUUCUAGUGAGAAAUGGCAAUAUUAGGACGGCCAUUAUUCCUUCAACUUGAUCUCCUUUUUUUCCCUGGGCCGAACAAAUCGAACAACUACAUUAUGUUCGAGAAAGGCGACGAACUUGCGGCUAAGCUCCAAGAGAUGCGAUAUGCACACCUGCCAAAUGUUCGCCGACAUUGUACUCAUCCUUGCACUAUCACUAACAAUGCCAAUGCCAAGUCUUUGACUCUUCAACCUCUCAUCGGCACUGCCGACGAUGGUCUUUAUAUGCGUCGAUCUGAUGCUGAGAAGCUCGGACUCGAGUUUACUGGCCGAGAAAUUGACACUCGCCAAGGGAAGUGCAAAGUGUACAAGGGUGCUUCAUAUCGCUUCCAAAAUGACUACAACGGCGGCGCAGUUACUUAUCAUGCUCCACACGUCUUAGUGCUGGAAUCGUGGGUGACCAAAACACUUCAUGCCAAUGCUAGUACCAACGCCAAGAAGGAGGGUAUUGUAGGGGUACCUCAACUUGAUAGACACCUCGUUUUCUUCCAUCACGGCGACGUGCACAUGAUUGACCUAUCAGUCCUCCCUCCUCUGGCGGAGUAUUUCACCAACCUCACACCUUUGGCGAACUUGAUCCCUGCGGUAGAUCGGGGAAACACCGAGGACGAAACCCCUCAGGGAACGCAGAGUAUGACUGAAGAACCACCCGUGGACUUUGCUACUUGUCUUUCUAUCGCACAACGAUUUCGAGCAAAGAAGUUCGACGUAUUCCGCCAUGUCCCACAGGAUUAUGUGGUAAACGUCAUUGAACAGUGCCGGACUUGCAAAAAGAACGAAGAUAGGAAGACACGCUGCAAGUUGUCGAUGUGUACGCUUUGCAAGGAGGAGAACAGAUCACGUCGAGCAUUGUAUUGCAGCCAAGAAUGUCAAACAAUGGACUGGAAGGCACGACACAAAGAGGAACAUUCGGGCGCUAGACCAUGGGAGGAUGAAAGUACACUUUGAUAUUCGGAAGUAGUCUUCUAUUGCACGAUAAGUUUGACAUUUAUACCUGUUGUAUGGUCUCACUAGAUUUUGUGUUUGUAUCGUCUAGCUUAAGUGCUCGCCCACCAUGAUGUAGUUUCGCGUUCGUGGUAGAGUAUCCGCUGAAAGAACCUCUGUAUUCUGACUCCCGAUUGUCGACGCUAAUUCAGGGUUUUCAAAGGCGUGACGGAAG